UUAGAGGAGGCGGAGCUUCGACCUUAGCCGGCUGGGAGAGCAGUCGGAUCGGCUAGUGGCGACAGCAGAAGUCGGGCCUUAGCCCUGCCGGGGCAGUGGGCUUUAAAUUCCUGCUUGACCAAAGUGACCUCAAAAAGGAGGGAAAAUGGCUUCUGAAUCUGAAACCUUGAAUCCCAGUGCUCGGAUAAUGACCUUUUACCCGACUAUGGAGGAGUUCCGGAACUUCAGUCGUUAUAUUGCCUACAUUGAAUCCCAAGGAGCUCAUCGGGCUGGGCUGGCUAAGGUUGUUCCUCCAAAGGAGUGGAAGCCACGAGCAUCCUAUGAUGAUAUUGAUGACCUGGUCAUUCCUGCCCCCAUCCAGCAGCUGGUGACUGGGCAGUCUGGCCUCUUUACUCAGUACAACAUACAGAAGAAAGCCAUGACUGUUCGAGAGUUCCGCAAGAUAGCCAAUAGCGAUAAGUACUGUACCCCACGCUAUAGUGAAUUUGAAGAGCUUGAACGGAAAUACUGGAAAAAUCUCACAUUCAAUCCCCCAAUCUAUGGUGCAGAUGUGAAUGGCACUCUCUAUGAAAAGCAUGUUGAUGAGUGGAAUAUUGGCCGCCUGAAAACAAUCCUGGACUUGGUGGAAAAGGAGAGCGGGAUCACCAUUGAGGGUGUGAACACCCCAUACCUGUACUUCGGCAUGUGGAAGACAUCCUUUGCCUGGCACACCGAAGACAUGGACCUGUAUAGCAUCAAUUACCUGCACUUCGGAGAACCCAAAUCCUGGUACUCCGUCCCGCCUGAGCACGGAAAGCGGCUGGAGCGCCUGGCCAAAGGCUUUUUCCCGGGCAGUGCUCAAAGCUGUGAGGCUUUUCUCCGCCAUAAGAUGACCUUGAUUUCUCCUUUAAUGCUGAAGAAAUACGGAAUUCCCUUUGACAAGGUGACUCAGGAAGCUGGGGAAUUUAUGAUCACUUUCCCUUACGGGUACCAUGCCGGCUUUAACCAUGGCUUCAACUGUGCUGAGUCCACUAAUUUUGCUACCCGGCGGUGGAUCGAGUAUGGCAAACAAGCUGUGCUGUGCUCCUGCAGGAAGGACAUGGUGAAGAUCUCUAUGGACGUGUUUGUGAGGAAGUUCCAGCCAGAAAGGUACAAACUCUGGAAAGCUGGGAAGGACAGCACUGUCAUCGACCACACUCUGCCCACGCCAGAAGCGGCUGAGUUUCUCAAGGAGAGUGAACUGGCCCCGAGAGCCCAGAAGGAGGAGGAGUGCCCGGAGGAGGACGACAUGGAGGGGGUUGAGGAUGGAGAGGAGGGUGACCUGAAGAGGAGCCUGGCCAAGCACCGUAUUGGGACAAAGAGGCACCGAGUUUGUCUUGAAAUCCCACAGGAGGUGAGUCAGAGCGAGCUCUUCCCCAGGGAGGAGCUGGGCUCUGGACAAUACGAUAUGGCAGAGUGCCAGGCCGCCCUUGCUCCUGUGAGGCCCACCCACAGCUCCGUGCGCCAAGUUGAGGACGGUCUCACCUUCCCAGAUUAUUCCGACUCCACCGAAGUCAAAUUUGAAGAGCUUAAAAAUGUCAAGCUGGAAGAGGAGGAGGAGGAGGAGGAGGAGGAGAUGGAGGAGGAUCAGGAAGCGGCUGCCUUGGACCUUUCUGUGAAUCCGGUUUCUUUUGGGGGUCGCCUCGUCUUCUCAGGCUCCAAAAAGAAGUCAUCUUCCAGCCUGGGCUCUGGUUCUUCACGGGAUUCUAUUUCUUCCGAUUCAGAAACUAGUGAGCCUCUGUCCUGCCGAGCCCAAGGGCAAACAGGAGUCCUCACUGUGCACAGCUACGCCAAAGGGGAUGACAGGGUCACCGCAGGAGAGUCAUACACGAGGAAGAAAGGGGGUGUCACCAGGAGCAUCAACGAGCAGGAGCUGGCUGAGGUUGCGGAUGAAUACAUGUUUUCUCUGGAGGAGAGUAAGAAGUCCAAGGGCCGUCGUCAGCCCUUAAGCAAGCUCCCCCGCCACCACCCGCUCGUGUUGCAGGAUUGCGUCAGCGAUGAUGAUGUAUCAGAACAGGGGACCCCUGAGGAGGAGGCUGAGGAGACGGAGGCCUGGGCCAAGCCCCUGAGCCAGCUGUGGCAGAACCGACCUCCAAACUUUGAGGCCGAAAAGGAAUUCAACGAAGCCAUGGCCCAGCAGGCCCCUCACUGCGCCGUCUGCAUGAUCUUUCAGACUUAUCAUCAGGUGGAGUUUGGAAUCCUUAGUCAGAACUGUGGCAGUGCUCCAGAUUUAGUGCCCCAGAAGCAGAGGACCAAGCCAUUGAUUCCAGAAAUGUGCUUCACCUCGACUGGGUGUAGCACGGACAUCAACCUGUCCACCCCUUACCUAGAGGAGGACGGCACCAGCAUCCUAGUGUCCUGCAAGAAGUGCAGCGUCCGGGUCCAUGCCAGUUGCUACGGGGUCCCCCCUGCAAAGGCUUCUGAAGACUGGAUGUGUUCUCGGUGUUCGGCCAACGCCCUGGAAGAGGACUGCUGCUUGUGCUCAUUACGAGGGGGAGCCCUGCAGAGGGCCAACGACGACAGGUGGGUCCAUGUCUCAUGUGCGGUGGCGAUUCUGGAAGCGAGAUUUGUCAACAUUGCAGAAAGAAGUCCAGUGGAUGUGAGCAAAAUUCCCCUGCCCCGCUUCAAACUGAAAUGUGUCUUCUGUAAGAAACGGAGGAAAAGAACUGCUGGCUGCUGUGUGCAGUGUUCUCAUGGCCGUUGCCCAACUGCCUUCCACGUGAGCUGUGCUCAGGCUGCAGGAGUGAUGAUGCAGCCAGAUGACUGGCCUUUUGUUGUCUUUAUUACCUGCUUUCGGCACAAGAUCCCUAAUUUGGAGCGUGCCAAGGGCGCCUUGCAGAGCAUCACUGCAGGCCAGAAGGUCAUUAGCAAGCACAAGAAUGGGCGCUUCUACCAGUGUGAGGUGGUAAGGCUCACCACGGAGACCUUCUAUGAAGUCAACUUUGAUGACGGCUCCUUCAGCGACAAUCUCUAUCCCGAGGACAUAGUGAGUCAGGACUGUCUCCAGUUGGGUCCUCCUGCUGAAGGGGAAGUAGUCCAAGUGAGAUGGACAGACGGCCAAGUCUAUGGAGCCAAGUUUGUGGCCUCUCACCCCAUCCAGAUGUACCAGGUGGAGUUUGAGGAUGGCUCACAGCUUGUGGUUAAGAGAGAUGACGUGUACACGCUGGAUGAAGAGCUUCCCAAGAGAGUCAAGUCUAGACUGUCAGUAGCCUCAGACAUGCGCUUCAAUGAGAUUUUCACAGAGAAAGAGGUUAAGCAGGAAAAGAAACGGCAACGAGUUAUCAACUCAAGAUACCGGGAAGAUUACAUUGAGCCUGCACUAUACCGGGCCAUCAUGGAGUAGGUGCUUCCAGCGGCCAGGAGAGUCCCAGCUGUCAAGGCGAAAGCACUCUGGGGUUCCACAGCACAGCAGACACUUCGAUCUCUGAAGUCUCUAAAAGUGAACUGUAAAAUGAAAUGGAAUGAAAUAACCGACCCCAUCAUCUUCUCACCCUGCCCUCAUCGCAUUCCACUGUAAUGAAAUGACAAGCCGUACUUGGACAUGUGGCAGCAGCCGCUGAUCUCCCAGCUGAUGGGCUGAGCACUGGAACGCUGUGGCUGCAUGGGCCCCAGUCUGUAAUGGGGUCGGCUGUGCUGGCUGGGCUGGUUGCCCUGUUCCUGGCCUUGGACUUAGCUUCCUAAUGAUCACCUGCACCAACUAGGCAGAGGUGCUGGUGCUUGCCCUCUCCCCCUUUUUGUAUUUAUGUGUGUGUGUGUGUGUGUGUGUGUGUGUGUGUGUGUGUGUGUGUGUGUGUGUGUGUGUGUGUGUGUGUGUGUGUGUGUGUGUGUGUGUGUGUGUGUGUGUGUGUGUGUGUGUGUGUGCGUAUGUAUGUUUGGUCUGGACCAGCUUCUGCCAGCCCCUGGCCUUUACUUUCUUCCUUGCCUAUCCAGGGCAACAAAAAUGUGAAAUUCUGCCCUCAGCUGAACUGAGUAAGGGCCCCUGGGGGUUGGCUGGAGAUGGCUGUGGCAUCUGUUUGUCUCUGGAACUGACUCAAGAGAGUGCUGGCAAAGCUGCAGUGAUGAGAUGCUAAGGAGUUAGCGCCACCUCUUUGCCUUCUCUUGAAGAAGACAGGGGUAACCUGGAUGUGUGCCCACAUCACUCUAGGCACAGAGCCCCUGUGGACAGUAUUAAAGGGUGUGGGUGGGGAAUACUCUGAAGGGGGAUCUAAUGAUGGAAGCAGGCAGAGCCUGGCGGGUGAGUCUGUCAACAGAAAACUGCAAUCAUGCAGGGGCUGGGAGGGUUAAGAUGAACUGGGGCCACUGGAGGCCAGGGGGUGGGUUUAGAUAUGCCCCCUGGUCUGGGGGUGGGAGGGAGCCGAUUUGGGAGCGGGGUGGGACUGGAGGGCAACGGUGAAGGGGUUAAACAGGUUUUUGCUCCUUAUGAAUUUGUUUGCCUGGGCCCAGGGUUGGAGGGAUUCACACUUAUACCGUAUGUAUACAAGAAACAGAUUUAUAAUACUUCCCCUUUUUUUGUUACGUAUGAACGCUAUAAACCAAAUUAUUUUGAAAA